ACCCAAUAAAGAGAAGACUGGCCACGUGAGUGACUCAGGAUCAUCUGUCAUCAAACAUGGGCUCAAUCCCGAGAAGGUCUUCAUGCAGGUUCAUUAUUUAAAGGGCUAUUUCCUUCUCCGGUUCCUUGCCCAAAGACUUGGAGAUGACACCUAUUUUGCAUUUUUAAGAAAAUUUGUGCACACAUUUCAUGGGCAGUUGAUUCUUUCCCAGGAUUUCCUUCAAAUGCUGUUGGAGAAUAUCCCAGAAGAAAAAAGGCUUGAGUUGUCUGUGGAAAACAUCUUCCGAGACUGGCUUGAGAGUUCUGGAAUACCACAGCCGCUGCAGAGGGAGCGCCAGGCCGGGGCGGAGUGCGGGCUCGCGCGGCAAGUGAGCGCCGAGGUCGAGAAAUGGAUUCGAGUGAACCGGAGACCCCGAAAACGGAAACGAAGGGAGGCUGAAGAAGUGUUUGAAAAGGUUCGCCAUCGAUGGUGCGAGCUCAUUGUUAAGCACAGAUACACAAGAGCCUACAAAGACGUGGAGAGAUUCCUCCAGGAGGAUCAGGCCAUGGGCGUGUACCUGUACGGGGAGCUGAUGCUGAGCGAGGACCCCAGGCAGCAGCAGGUCGCCCGCCAGUGCUUUGAGCUGACCAAGGAGCAGAUGGAGAGAUCCUCAGCUGAGGUGGUGGCCGAGAUGUUAUUCUGAAGAGGGAAGAUCUCAGCAAGAUUCUUUCUCAUGCAUCUACGCCUAGCCCUGGUGGGACCAGGAUCGCACUGACCCUCGACAUCGCAGGAAGGGUCAUGGGGCUGCUAAAGCCAUCAGCCAGCAGCAUCCACGCCUUGGUGCUUCUCUUUCUCGAGGCUGCUCUCCCUGGAGCUCAUGGACCGCAUGGUGCCUUUGUCCCCUGCCCUGAACUUGCCACCUCAAGAUCAGUCUGUGUUGGAUCUCUUCCAUGAGGCGAAGGCGCUUCUUUCACACAAAUGAUGAAAGCUGCCUGAGAUGCAUUGGAAAAGCUGCUGAACAUUUUGCAUUGAUCCCCUCAGCAUAUGGCUGCACUGGAGAUUUCUAGAAUUCCAGGAAGUCACAGCUUCUGUAUCCUGGGACCAGUGGAGUUCUUCUCCAGAUCAUUUCAGAAAGAUUCUGCAGGGUUAUUUUGAUUGCUAGGUCUGUUGUUUAAAUUUGUCCAAAAUGUUAAUACCCUUGGUAAAAGGGCAGGGUGAGAAUCCAAGACGUAUUCAUAAUAAAACAGUGGAUUACUAUUUUUGUA